CGAACGGAAAGUUGUGACGCGUAAAUCUCCGACUUGGCAACGGUUUUUUUAUAUUCAAAGUUUUAUCAACAUGGCGCAGUUUGAAGUGAACAACUGAAUUUUUCUCAAUAAUUAGUCCUUAAAAUUCAUUAGUUUAACGUGUUGAUUUGUAUUAUUAUUGUAAAAUGAACCCCUCCUACGAAAUAACAACAUGUUUGAAGUCUAGGCACUUUGAAAAAGCUGCCACUUUACUCAAGGCGCAUCAAACAGUUAUAGACGGCAGAACAACAUUCAAGCUUAUGAGAUACUUGGUUACUCAGUUGAAAAUUAAUUCAAGUAACAUAGAAGAUGAAGACAGUGUCAAGGAAUUCAUGCAAGAUUGUUGUGCUACUCUUGAUCAAUCUCAAGAUCUAACAGCUGACGAUUCAGAAUUUACUCAAGGAUUAGUAUCCCUAUAUCAUUUGGUCACACUUUCACUCACUUCUUCUUAUAAAAGUGAGAUCAGUUUGUUGUCAAAAACAAUUCUUGUUUGUUUACGCAAGACUGACAAAAGUCUGAAUGAUGUUCAGUCAAUUGCAGCAAAUGUUUAUCUUCAAAUAUGGAAAAUUGCCAACAAAGUGAAUAGUGAACUAUGCUUCUCAUACAGGAGUGUGGCUCUUUUAAUAUUGGUUCAUGGUGGAAGUACCCACUGGAAUCGAUUAAUUGAGAAACUCAUAACUGAUGUGCAGGAACCAUCUACCACUUCAUUCCAACUGGCUGAAUCUAUUUUUGAUGAGUUACUUUCAUACUGCAAUAACCUCAAACUAAAAGAAUCAUAUUGUGUUUCAUCAUUACUUCAAGUGUGGACUUUUUUGGUGCUCUCAUCAAAUUCAUCAAAUCAGCAUCAAGAUCGAACUUCCAAACUCAAGUUAUUUGCCAUGGAAAUUCAAGAACAUUGUCAAAUUUUCAGCAUAAUUGAUUUGGUGUUGAACUUGUUUGGAGACAGUGAUGACGCCAGCGACGAAGUUGAUUUUUCCCUUCCAAAAUGGAAUAAUUUCUUCACCAAAGAUUUUGAGAUUGUAUUCAUCCGAAUCACUAUGCUUUCUUUGAGCUCCUCAUCCUGUGUAGUUCGUAGCCAGUCGGCGGAGACGAAGUGGAAUCGAACAAAUCAAAUCAUCUCUACGCUCAACGUUUUACUAUAUUUCUGUCAAGAAAGUGAUCGACUAGGAGCGGUCGUCAAAGCCAACUUGCAAAUGGAACCGAUAAACUUGAGAAUCACGUGUUUAACACGAGCUUUCUCUGUUGCUUUACACUUGGUUAAGCUCGACUUUUCCAAGAUAUUUGUUUGCCAAAGAGUAAUUCAUGAAAUAGACAAGCUCUACAAACAAGGAAUUGUGGAGCAGAGCAAAAGUUCAAGCAACUGCUUUUCUAAUGCUGAAUAUUUCGCAAACAACUUGGCCGUAAUUUCAAAUCACAAUUCGGAUCACGUAAACGCUGUCAAAUACUAUCGCAAAGCGCUCGAGUAUCACAUUUUUAAUGUGUCAGAACUACAAGUUUCCAGCGGAGAGUUACCAACUUAUUUUUCCUCGCGAUUUAUGACACUCUACGAUAACCGCAAAGCUGCUCGUGAUUGGGAUGGCAUAAUAGAAGAUUUUGCCCUUUGUUUUUCAAAGUUUUAUGACUAUUGUGAAGCAAAAAUCAGAUUUCGUUGCAAGAGCAAAGUCAUUGAACAACACUUGCUUGUGGCAUGGAGUCGAUUUAAAUCAAAUCUAUAUAUAUAUCAAAAUCAAUGUUCUACGCCGUCCUGUGAACGUUUUCUGAAAAUGACUGUCUUAGAUGUUUUUAAGCAGAUAAAUGUGACAUUCGAUAACGACUCUGCUUGGAGACUACUUUUCGAAGAGUAUCGGAUGCUCGAUCAACGAAUAGGGCCAAUGCCCAAAGCUGCUUUCAGCGUCGUAGCACAACAAGCAUCAACAUUGGCAAAAUCCCCUUUCCAAAAAGGAGUUUCUAGUUUUUUUCUCUCUCGCAAAGGAGACGAUUUCGUUCAAAGGCAUAAAGCGGCCAAGAAAGCCAUAGCAAAAUUAUCAGGGCAGACUACGAUGGCCGAUUGCAAAUCUCAGGGACAAGUAUACAUCGCAUUGGCUUAUCUGGAACUGUUCGUUAGCCAACAAGAAAUUUUGAAGAAGAAGACGGAAGAAGAAAUGGAAUCACUUGGACCCCUGAUUCAAAGUAGUUCGAACGUAGAGGUUCAAUCAGGAGAAGAUGGCACAAACUUGCAAAGUGAUGGAACAUCAGUAGACGCAGUUUCCUAUUCUUAUCUGAAAUUGGAGCUGGAGCUAAAAAAUCAAGAAUGGAUGGUUAAAUGCCUUCAGCAGUGGGAAGAACUAGUACAGUUUGGUUGGUCGCCGGAUCAAUACAGCAACAUCAUUUUUACUUGCCUUAAAUCUCUGGGCUACUACUUUAGCCUUAUCGGCAACAGUUUCUUCAGUGCCCGUGCAUGGUCUCUUUCGCUUAAAUUGGCGGAAUCGGUAAAUUCAAAUGAGGAAUUGGUGCUUUCUGCAUCACAAUUGCUCAGACUGGGAUGGAAAGUUGAAAACUGUGUUCUAUUACGCUGCAAAGAAUUGGUAGAGAAAAAAGAGUUGGUUACUCAGGAUCAACUUUUCUUCCACUUGAGCUGGGCGUGGUUCCAAUAUUUACAACAUAAUUUUGCAGAAGCCUGGCAAAUUCUCGAUGAGCAAGUCUUGCAAUCUUCAUCGAUAAACACCGAAUCACCAACGAAAAGCAUACUGCUGUUAAUUUCACAAGCCAAUUUACUUCGAAGUCUGCUGGCCGUCUUGCCUGAAGAACUGAGCCACAUCCCACCAUCGGAUGACAUCGGGCCCGUCCAAGCCGGUGUAAAAGCUGGGCAAUCGGCUUACGCUACACUUAGAGGGUAUGUAGCCUAUGCUCAGCAGUAUGGUUGGGAUUAUUACGGACAAGAGUGGAAUAUUCUGGGGAAUUUUCUUGUUGCCGCCAUCAACAUUUCUCGUAUUUAUUUGUACAUUGCUGCCCCAAGAGAGGCCCGUUUCUUUCUAAAAGAAGCUCUAAAUGCAGCACAGAAACAUGUGUCAGUUCUCAGGACAGCUGAAGCGCUCUUGGUACUUUGUAACUUAGAUUUGAUGCUCGAUAACACCAUCGACUGUCAAUCCAAGUUGGUUCUUAUCUGCCACCUGAUGGGUGUAGCACCACCAGUUAUUCCGGAUUCAGAGAACAUUGCGCCUUCGGCUGGGAAGAAAUCUUUUGAAACUCCCGCGUCACCCGUACAACUCAAAACUGAUCGGCGGAAAGGAAUUGCUUCCCGAAAUGUUCCUGAGAUUCCAAUCCAAGUGCAGCAGGACGCAACACAACGCGCACUGCAGUUACCUUUAAACCAUCAAGGUGCGUCACCAAACACAAAGGCAAGAGAAGUAUCCGACGGCAUCUUCCCACAACAUAUCUCCGACUGCAUUUGCUUAAUUUGUUCCGGUGAACUGACAAUGUCAAUUCGCAUCGCUGCUCUGUCGGUCCAAUCGAAACUAUGGAGUUUGCUGGGCUUUCAAGACCUAGCCACCGAAGACUUCCUCAAGGGGCGUCAGCUAGUCCAGUCGAUAUGCUCUCGUCUGAGGAGUUCAACAAAACCUGUUGCCGCGAAAAAAUCGUCGAAGAGACUAUUCGAAGUACCUGACUGUUUGAAAAUCAAUGAAACAUGGGCGCAGUACAAAAUGCAUUGGUUUCAGCCGCCCGUCGUAACUGGCAUGGAACUAUUCUUGGAAAAUGCGAUGCACCGGCUAGUCACCGAAUCUACCAUCAUUCCACUUUCAGAGUUAUUGGAUCCAGUGAAAGCCGUCAUGUACGACUUCUAUUUGGGGCCGCUGGAACAUCGAGUUAUGAAAUUGACAUCGGCAAUCGCCACAAUCUCCCUUCAGCAGCCUACUUGUUUCACUACUCCAGAACAGAAAUGUAAGAUUAUGGUUGAAGAGGAGGACGACGAUAUCAUCAUUUUAGAGGGGGGUCUAGCUCCCAAGACUCCAGCCUUUGGUCUCAGAAAGCCGUUGGAAAUUCCGGCUCCGCGACGUGUGCGGCGAAAUCUGAUGGCCGUUAAAAUCGACGAUACGAUCACUAUCGAUGACGACGAGGAUAGCGAUGGAGGCUUCUCUCGUCGCCGAUUAGGCAAACCCCAAAAAGCUAUUCUGUAUUCGAGCGACAGCGAUAGUGACCUACUUCCGCCAACUCCUCCGACGGUUAAAGCGCCGAAGAAAACAAAAGCAGUUGUCAAGAAGAAGACACAAGAAAUGCCAUCUCCUACCGCGGAGUUUACCGUUCCGCCUGUUGUAAAGACGUAUUCUAAGCGUAAGAAUUUGAAGUCUUCUGAUUCGAAAAGCGAAGAUUUGGACAUCCGACCAGAAAAAGAAAAACGAUCUGCUGCCGAUAAAACUAAACCUCCCGGAAAAACCUCAUCCUCGAGUAAAGCCAAAGCGGAGGCUGACCUAGACCCACAGCAGCCGGCUGCUUCCGCCCCAGUGGAAAAGAAAUUUUUCAAGUCCAGAUUGGCUUCAUCAUCAUCUAAAAAAGAUUUGGAAGUGGCUGAUUUAAGCUCCAAGCUUGCGGCCACCAAGAUUAACCCCGAAAACACGGAAACGAAAGAAACCCGACCUAAACGGACGACGCGUUCUACGAGGAAAUGAAAUUGGGCCUUUCCCUUUUUCUCUCAUUUGCGUGUCACGUCUAAUACCACUUUUUUUUUAGAGUCGGUCAACCCGCUAGAAAUGGCGAAACUCGGAAACUUUCGUCUUCCGUCCAAGUUGAAUGAAGGCAUUGUUGAACGCAUAAUGUACAUUUGUUUUGUUACAUGUACUACUAGAGCAGAGACCCAUACGUUUUCUGCGAGCAUACAGUUUGUCUUUCUCCACUUCA